AAGGUCAGAUCACUAAAAAAGACUAGAAAGAAAUGAAAGCAUACAUUUUUUCUUUAUUUUUUUUUUAAAUUGAACUAGUUAUUAUAAUAAUGUUAUUGUUGUCUAAUUUGUUCCCAAAGUCUAUAUUCAAGCUUUGGCGAUACAAAGGGAAAAUAAUCGCACUUGACACCUCCAUUAUUAUGAACCAGUUCCGUUCAGCUGUUCCUAAUCUGAAUUUAAGCUUGUUAGGUGUGUUCUACCGCACGCUGACGUUCCUGGAGCACGACAUCAAGCCGGUGUUUGUGUUCGAUGGAGAUCCUCCUGAGCAGAAGAGAGCCCUGCUGGAGAAAAGAGCACAGAGUGCAGGCAGGAGCAGCGCACAACGCCCUCACGCUGGUGUGUCGUCUCAAACCAAGGAAUUCCUGCGUCUCCUCAUGCUCCUCGGUGUUCCUUGUGUCCAGGCUCCCAGUGACGCCGAGGCGUUUUGUGCUCAGUUGGUCAGUAGUGGUGUGGUGGAUGCCGUGGCCUCAGAGGACAUGGACACGCUGGCGUUCGGAGGGACGGUUCUCCUUCGCCAGCUCAACGCAAAGAGAGUGAGUGAGGUGAUGGAGUACUCUCUGCCAAAGUUACUGGAAAUCCUGCAGCUCACACAAAAAGAGUUUGUAGAUCUGUGUAUUUUAUUGGGAUGUGAUUAUUGUGAUAAGAUCACGGGUUUGGGGCCGAGUCGAGCGCUGAAGCUCAUCCAGCAGCACCGCAAUAUAGAGGACGUGAUGCUCAACAUCAACACGAAGACACACCGGGUCCCUUUAGGUUGGCAGUACCAGGCUGCGCGGAAGCUGUUCCUGGACUCGCCCCGGUCUGAACUGCCCCAUCUGCAGUGGAGUGAACCUAACGAGCCGGAGCUGGUGAACUUCCUGUGUCAGGAGAAACACCUCAAGUUAGUGUUUAGUCGUUGGUGUUGUGUGUUUGGUGAUCAGGGAGGAGAAGGUGCGAGGGCGGAUGGAGAAGUUCCGGCAGAAACUCGCCCACAGAAGGAAGGAGAGAGAGGAGGAAAAGGGAAAGGGGGGAGGCAGACAGACCAGUUUGGACCAAUUCUUUCCUGUGACACGGAAAAGACGGUCUGCAGAAGCAGGAGGAUCCGCAACCAGGAAGCAACAGAAGACUAAAUAAUGCUGUUUGUUUUAAACCCUAGUGAUGGAGAGAAGUCGUCGGUUAUUUCACUCUGAUUCCUGUGUUAGUUUUAAUUUUAUUUGAAAUUACGGUGUAAAUUUAAGCGGCUUGGAUUUGCUGAUUAUUUUUUUUUACGAAUGUUAAAGAUCAUGUUAAAGAUCAUGUUGUUAUUAUAUGAUGUAUAAGAUCAGAGGAUAGAAGUAUCAGAAUAAAGUUAAACAGGUAUGUAAA